GUAAGUACCUUUUAGGUACCUUAGGUACCUCCCUACGUUAAGUACCUCCUACCUCCUAGGCUAUCGAUAGGGCAGGGCAGGCACCCCCUUGGCUAACAUCGCACCACCUCUUUCCUACCCCGGAGACUCGCCUGUUCAGCUUGGGCUUCGUUUUCGUCUUCGUCUUCUAGCCCAACCAUGUCCUCCUCCUUUUCUUCCAAGAAAUGGCGGCUCAUUCUAAACCACCAUCAGCAACAGAAUCUCCCGGCGUUUGCUACCAGCGCCCGGCCCUCAAUUCGGACAGCCUGGCGGCCCUUGAUGCCCACGAGCGCGAGACAAUCUCCUCUAUCCCCUCUCUGCCUUCUUCCUCCCCCCCCGACAGAACCGCCGAUCUCCAGGUAUCGGGGUCAACGGCUACCAGUGCAGAUCCUGACAUCUUUGGCCAGACGACUAAGCUGAGGAUUAACCACGCUUGGGGGCGCGUAGGCACGUCUCGUGCCUUGCGGUGAAUCCUCCCUCUCUCUUCGCGAUAGCCGACCUGAUCAACCAUCACCUACCCUCCGCCAACCUCUAACCGCCCUGUCUUGAUUUCACGGGCCGGCAUAUCCGAGCAGUCUCCUCUCCAAGGCCCGGGCCCCGAGGGCAACGCCCUGGCCAACUCACCCGUCCUUUCAAUAUGGAUCUCUCCGCUGCCCUCGACUUCCACGGAACCUGGAAUCAACGGGAAACCGAGAUGAGAAGGAGCCACGAACUGGUCGUGUCUUCGCACAAAGAGCUGCUCGAGAGGAUGAAGCAGGAGGUCAGAGCGCGUAUCGAGCACGAGCUUCGGGUGCUGAAGGACCACGUGCCUGAAGAGAUCUACGAGAGCAUCUGUGUGCGGAUGGCUGACGACAGUCUUGAGUUGAAGCUUCAGCGCAUCGAGAAUAGCCAUAAAUUGCAGCUGGAAAUCAUCGAGAACCUGCACCGAGAAAAUUGCGACCGCCACCAAGCCGCUCUCCAAGAGGUCCUCCGAGUCGAGACUCCCAGCAGCGAGCACUCGUCGGCCGCUGUGCCCACUGCUCCGGACGAUUGCACCUCGCAGAAGCAAUACGAUCGCCAACUUGCUUACGGGGAACUCCAUCUAAUGAUGCGCGUACAGUCCAAGAAACGCAAGAUACCUGUAGACCGAGACCUUCCCCCUUCUAAGCGGCCACGCAUUAACGCGCUGACCGACCUUCCGCGUACCCCUAGCGUAACGCCCCCGGUCAACUCAUAUCGACCUUUACAAGGAGCAACUACGGGGUCAGGAGCUGCUGAACUAAUGGCUGUGAGCCGAACCGUCACUUUCGAUGAGGUCUACCGAGAGGGCAACGCCGAGUAUAAAGACACCAUAGUGGAAUGGCCGGUUGGCAGUCGGAACUGGUAUAUAUUAAAGUGUGAGGAGCAUGACCUUCACUUUUCGAGAAAUGCCGUGCUGGGUGCCGCGAAGCACUUGAACGGCCUAGGCCACGGGUUCCCUGAUAGAAAUAGGACGGUCGCUGUGCAGACGCUCGGCUACCGGGUAUUGGGCUGUACGGAGAGCCUCGUGCGCUUGAACAACCAGGCCGCAGAUGAAGCUUACGCAAACGGCUAUAAGCCGCCGGUUUCUAAACUGGCAAAGUCACAUCGCAUAGCUCGCAAAGGAAAGCAGGGAAGUGGGCAGGGGCCUACCAAACUUGCCUCGACCCGUCCGUCGAUACCGACGGCCAAGGCACCUGGGGCCUUAGCUGUAUCACCUCGGCCUCAAAGCGUAUCGGGACCGCGGAACGGAAUUGCCCACCCCAGAUCGUUUCGCAUUUACAACGGACUUUGGAGAGAUGUCGGCCAAGUUUGUCCACUCGUGAUCCUCGGCUGGCAUGAUCGGGAUGGAAGCGGACUAAGAGACGGCCACCCUACUUGUACCGAUCUCCUCAAGCAGAAUGCGCGCCGGCCGGACUGCUAUAUCUAUAAAUUAGAUACCAUCGUCGCCUGGGCACCCGGAUACGAACAUGGCGGCUCAAAGGUCCAGCUGAGGGAGUUUCCUGCCAUGUUUUUUGACCCCUCGCGGACUUUGGCAUGGGUUUCCGCCAAAGACCUAAGCCCGCUUUAUCUCUCUAAGAAACAUGUGCCGAAGAAGCACGCUCGCAGUUUCGGUGCGGCCCGUCGCUGGAUCGCUGAGAAAGAAGGCUUCAAAACAUGGGAAGAUCGGGAGAGAGCGCGGAGCCGCAAAAAUCAACCUGCACAGACGCUUUUGACGAAAUCAGGUAACGCCGAUGCUGCAAACCGAGCGGAGGUGAAAGUUGGCGACGUCGCUGCUUCCGCCUUCGACCCAACCGACCGCGUGGGCGACACUAUUCUCGUGGCCGAAGAUCGAGAGGUCCAUCAGGCUGUCGCUGCUAACCCGGCCGUACCUGCGGAGGGCGAAGACUCCGACGACGACAGGGCUUCCGAAUCGGAUGCAAAGUCGAUAACAUCUGCGGGGACGGAGGCAAUUCUGGAAGAGUGGCGAGAGAAGGGGGGCGAGAUUACAGAUGACGAGGAUUUUGAGGAUUCCGAGGACUCGGAAUCCGAGGUUGACAAUGGCCUCGCCUUGGAGGCCGAAGAGUGGAACUGCAUCCGCCAGUCUAGCAGAGAGGCUAAUAAUGGUGCUGAGCGCCCAUGGGCGUUUUACAGCUUGAGGAGCAUAGUAGAUGCGAAGGAGACAGCGCCGCCAGCCAACAUGGCCUGCAUGGCGCAAGAGAAAGGUUUGAGCAAAUCUGCAGCGGGCGAAAGUACCGGCCUGACACCCGGACUUACAAAACUAGUACACUCCUCCGUACCGGGCGCUUCCUCGUCCGUGACGGAUGCUCGGAAAUCCCCCGAGUCACCCGUUCCUAAGGUGACAAAAAAUGCCAGCGAGCCGAAGCGACCAGCCCUAGGUGCUGCUACACCUCCUGAGCCGGUCACUCGAGAUGAUCGAGGCGUUCUCAGCCGAGUAGUCGAACGAACUAAGCAAGACGAGGGCCCCGCCAGCGUGUUAGAAGGCACGAAAUCUACUACCAAGCUCGCCGAGCUCGACACUACAUACGUGGCGUCCUCGACAUCUGCUAAUAUCCCCCCGCGGUCGACCCGCUCGGGUUCUAGCGCCGGGGGGGAUGCUGUGGAGCCGCUACCGAAUGGUCUCGAAGCCGGACCUCCGGCCGAAUCGCCGGCGGCGGUAUCGGCACCGACGGAUACUACGCCUGCCGGCCAGGCCGACUUUGAACUGUCGCUUUACACUGGCGGAGACGUGUCGUGGAAGAGAGAAGACGAGCGAGGAGGUUGCGCUCAACUCUUCGGCAGCGCCGACCGGAGGACGAUGGAGAUGAGAAGGGGCGUCACGCGGAUCACGAUCGACCCGGGAAAGAUAUCGGGCUUCUGGAGGGAAAGCGUGGCGGGCUCGAACGGGAACAGCGCUCUGGUGUUGCGGAACGGGGACGGGUCCUCUUCGAGGCUCGUCUUCGACCGCAGUACGGGGAGUAAGUUGGAGACUGGCAAGAUCCAGGCGCGCGGAUUCAUCCGCUGGCUCCGCAGCGUGAACGCGGACAUCAAGUGUCUGGAGCCGGAACAGGGCCGGAGCUAAAGCGUAGGCGACGCCGUCUCGCGGGGCGCGUUCGGCCGUCUCGGCGAGGUACCAGGCGCAGGGGAUCCGAAGUGCGGACAGCCGGCGGUUCCUCCGAGACGACGCGACGGCAGCUGUCAAGUAUAGACCAGGGGAUAGCGUUAGGAGGGAAUAGGGAAUAGGACAGAUUCUAGCAUCAGGCCAGGCGUUGGUGUCGCAGGCUGUCGAGAUUUGCGGCGAGGUCGGUAUUAUCUAGCCCCCUCGCAGGGUACAUAAUCCUAGGUGGUUACUACGCAUUAGGCAGUUAUGAGUCCGCUUACAAUUCGCACGCACAUGAAUCGCAAAAGGCCGGCCGGGGAGGGAGGAGGACGGAUUUGCAUGUGAAGAUACAGGCAUUGUGAGGUUACCUAGUGGGCACUUACAUGCCCACCUCCCAUGUAGGGGUGUGUCCGCACAUGUCACGUACGCUCGUGCAUGAGGGUGCCCUUGGUUCAGAGGUCGAUGCCGUUAUCAGACCUCGCUGUCUCCUCGCGCAUCUUUUCUUCUCGUCCGGCCUGUUUCCGACUUGCCCUAGGACCUGUACCUUUGGGGGCCUAUCUUCGGUGUAGGUACCUACCUAGGUACCUAAGGCCCCUGACCUAGCGGGACGGAACCGGGAUCCAACCUGUAAUGACGUCGCGG